AAAAGGCUCAAACAGUCUUGUCUGGAUUUUUAAAGUCCAUGUGGACUGUCACAAGCAGGUGAGACAGGGAAGCAAACUAGCAACGUAUCGUGGCUUGGGGCUUGCCUAAUAGCAGGCGCAUUGAUGCUGCCUCAGGGCUCUACUGCUUGGGCACAGACUCCACCCCACAGAGUCAACACCUAAGAGAGAAAGCGAGAGACUCAUCAGACUCAUCAGAAUCAAGACGGAGCACCUAAACGAACAGAUACUCGAUUUCGAGGACAAGCACGCCAGACAAACUCUUUCACUUCAGAGACUUCUGGAUGACCACUGUGGAUCUACAUCCAUCAACAAUACAUCCAACAUCGUGAACGCAGAGUCCGACAAUAGAUAGGACUGACAAACCAAGCAGCAGUGGAUUUGAACAACUGCACCACUAUGGAAACCCUUCAAGGAAGAAAACCGAAGAAACCCCAUUACAUUCCUCGUCCUCCUGGCAAACCUUUCAAAUAUCAGUGUUUCCAAUGUCCAUUCACCUGCAACAUCAAGUCUCACCUCUUCAACCACAUGAAGUAUAACCUGUGCAAGAACUCCAUCUCUCUGGUGUCUCAGCGCAUGGAGCAGACAGGGAAAGCAUCCAGAGCUUCCCAGCAUAAUCUAGCUUUCAGUCACAACAGCAAAGAGCUACCACUGGAUGCUGAAUCCAGCAAGCCAUUAGAAAAUGUCAAGAUUGAGAAAGCGGUGAUUAAGGAAGCAAGAGAAAAGCCUCAAAGUCCCACCAAGGAGGUCACUAAAGACAUCCCUGAGCCAGCUCUUGAGGCCAAGGACAAAAGUGAAGACAUGGACACUGCACAGAACAAAAUAUCUUCAGCCUUCUCGCCAGUUGCACGGACAUGUGAAAGCGAAGUUCUUUCUUUGUCUCCACAUAAGGAUGAUCAAUCAGCCAUUCCUCAGUUCUACCAACAAAUUGCACCUUGGGUAACAUCUGCUUCCCCAGCACAGCUUCUUCCUCCAAUACCAGACUAUCCUCCAUUCAUGGUACCUGAAAGGUCCUUGCCUUCCCUCUAUGCACCCUACCCACAUAACCAAGCAAGCACUCCAGCCUACCAAGUCACGCCUCGAGAGACCCAGAGACCACUAGUGCCAUCACCUUUAAUCCCACCUAAUUCUUCUCUACUCCACCCUUAUCACUACAGAUAUAGUCACUCUGUUUUCCCCAGUCCACCUCUACCCUACAGCUUCUAUCAACACCCUGAACUCUCUAUGUCCUUACAGAGAUCCAGGUAUCUUCCUCUAGAUGUGUACAGCAGCAGAUUUUAUCCUCGAGAGUAUGGAGGGCACCUGGUCCCCCUAACGCAUCCUGAAUCUUACAGCAGGCUUGCUGAGGACAGGGCAGUCCAGGAGCAUAAUACAGGAGACAAAGGUACUCGUGAGAGUCCUUUAGAAGGAUGUGAUGCCUCUGGGUCUCCAGACAGGCCCAGUACUGCAGAUGUCACCCAGCGUAUACCUGUUGGACUCAGGCUUGCUUCCCAUGGGGAGUCUCUCUCAGGCAGCCAAUCACAUAUUAUAUCAGGGCCGACUAAAGCAACUGAUAACUUACCCAAAAUGCCACGUGGACAAAUUCAAGAGAAAGUGUUACAAAAGACAGAAAGGUAUGAUUCACAAACCACAAUUUCUUCAAGAAGCAGUGACAUUUCAGACAAGGAGGAGGAUGAAGAAACCGAAGAGGAGAUAGGUCCCCUUAACCUUUCAAAAAGGGACCAGGCCACAUCCAGCAACAUGACACAUCAUCACUACCCUGACCGAGAGCUGCAUUAUGAUUCAGAAAGUAGUCAAGAAGAGGCACCGCUCAACCUCUGCCUCAGGGUACAGUCCAACAACCAAGCCUUGCCCAACACCUCUGAAACUCCAGAAAGAGAAACCAUCAGCAAUGCUGAAGUAUCCACAACUGAGUCACCCAGUGAACACGAUCUAGACCCAUGUGACCAAAGGCAGACAGCAGCCUUUGCUUUAUGCCAGUUAGCUAGCUCUAGGCACAUCAUUAAUGACACUUCUGUUAGCCAACAAGACGCAACCGAGAGCCAGAACACUCAGUGUCUUCCUUCUCCUGACAACUACUCUGUCAAAGACAGUCCUAACAUACUCAAUCCAAGCACGCAAACACAGGGACAAAAAAGGGCAAAUAAUAGACCCUUAAGACACACUAACAAACGAGCAAAGGUUAAAGAACCAUCCCGUCCUCAAAGAAAGAGGUCACAGAACUGCUGAUAAAGAGAUGUUAAAUAGUGGACUGCUGCAAUUCAGAUGGUUGAGAGAAAAGCGGUCCAGUGAAAAUAUCAACACUAAAGAGAGACUUUGCAGAAAUAUGGCCAGCAGCUACUAUCCAGUCUUGAAAUAUUAUAGUAUUUAUGGCUGUAAAAAUUACUUGAGUUAUGAAUUUCAAAGUUAUGAAUGAACUAGCAAAGUGUAUACCUUCAAUGUAAGUUACUUUGAAUAAAAGCAUCUUCCUUAUGCAUAUAUGUAAAUAAACAUAUUUAACACAAGUAUUCUUGAUGUAUAAACAUUAUGCACUGACUGGAAAAAGACAGCACCCCAGAUUACUGAAAAGCUUGUUCGCUUUGACAAAUAUACAAUCUAAUGUAACAAAAAGUGAGUGGGUGGUGGCAUUUAAUGUUUUCAAUAAAGAAUCAAGCCAAACUUGUAAUAUUUGAAUAAAGUGUUUGAAUAAAUUUUA